UUAUGUGCACUGAGAGCCAGCGCAGCGGGGAAGGCAGGGGCGUUCCGGCCGCCCCAGUCCCCAGCAGCAGGAAAGCCACGGGAAAGUGAGAGCAGCUCCGUCCCUCCACAGUCAGCAGAUCCCGCAGAAGACGCACAGAAAGGAGAGACACCUGGAGGGCUCACAACCCAUGGACACACAGCUCAGAGUGGACCAGGUGCCGCUGGCCAGCCAGCUGGCUCGGGGCUCCAGUUUGGCACCGAGGGAGGAGCUGCUGGCCAGGGAGGAGUUCACCUACGACCGCAUGCCGACGCUGGAGAGGACAGGUCGGCGAGCGGAGCGGGAGCGCCACGACAGGGACAGCUACACGGUGGACGUGCGAGCCAGCGACCUGCAGCUGCCCCAUUCCCAGAACAUGCACCCCUGUCUCAGUUACAGGGCCUGGCUCUACAGCGUCCUCAUUGGGGGUAGUCUGCUCGUGACUGCUGGCUUCUCCCUCUACCUGGGCAACGUCUUUCCUGAGGCCAUGGAUUACCUGCGCUGUGCGGCGGGCUCCUGUAUUCCAGCAGCGGUGGUGAGCUUUGCCAUUGCCAAGAACAGAUAUGUUGUGGUGUCGGAUUUCCAGGUGAUGUUCGUCUCGACGUUCGCAGUUACAACCACCUGUUUAGUUUGGUUCGGUUGCAAACUGGUGCUCAGCCCUUCUGCCAUCAAUAUCAACUUCAACCUGAUCCUGCUCAUCCUGCUGGAGGUCCUGAUGGCCAGCACCGUCAUCCUGUCGGCUCGCUCCGCCGAGGACUGCUGCAACCAGAGGAAGGCGACAGCAUAUGAAGGACCUGUGGUGCUGACACCAGUCGCCUUCCCUGCCCGACUCCUCAAAGCCUACUCUGUCAUUGAGGUCAUAGUGGGGAUCUCUGCAGUGUUUGGUGGAAUUAUAGCGCUCAACAUGGAUGCCCUGGUCCCAGGACCGUACCUGUCCGUCACAUUCUUCUGGAUCCUCGUGGCUUGUUUCCCCAGUGCCAUUGCCAGUCACGUAGCAGCAGAAUACCCCAACAAGUGUCUGGUGGAGGUCUUGAUCGCCAUCAGCAGCGUCACUUCGCCGCUGCUCUUUUCUGCCUCAGGCUUCCUGUCGUGCAGUGUGCUGAGAUUUGUCCACAUCUUCCUGCAUGAGGUGCCCACAGCCAAGCAAUCUUAUGACGUCCUCCUUCUGAUCCUGAUGCUGUUACUGCUACUGCAAGCCGUGCUGACUUUGGCCACUGUGGUGCACUGUGCCAUCUAUAAGAUCCAGUACCAUCAGGGGGUACAAGACUGGGACGAGGGUCCACAGAUACCCUCACAACACUACGAGCGACAUCCACCAAAUGGAAGCCUGGCUGAGUUCGACAAGGACAAAGCCUGGAAGGCAGUGGUGGUCCAGAUGGCACAUUGACAGAAAGAGGAAGAUGGGGAACCGCAGAAAGUGAAGGGCAGGAGGGAAUAACAAGCAGAAAAGAGGAAAGAGAAAGAAGUAAGAUGUAUGGGGACAGAGAAGAUACCCAGAUAUGUGUCUCUGGAGGUCCAUUUUCUAUGCUUUAACAAUCCUGCUACAGAGAACAAUCCAUAGACGGGUCUAUAGUCGCAUGAGGGACCCUUAACUCUGCUGUAUAUUUUACAGGAAGUAGAGAACACAGUCGUGUGUGUGUGUGUGUGUGUGUGUGUGUACAUAUAUAGGAUGCACCUCUGUUCUUAACAGCAUGGUUUCUGUAUAUUUAGUUUUUAAAGGAUCACCUGUUGUGUAUUUUGGCGGAAGCCGAUUAUGUUCCUUUGUUCGCUUUGUAGACUUUGUUUGUAACCAAACAAAUUGAAUUAAA